AUGCCGCCCUGGCUGCUGGGCAGCCUCUGCUGCUGCCUGCUGGCGGCGCGGGCGGCGCUGGGCGGCGGCUCCGCGGGCGCGGAGGCGGCGGCGGCGGAGGAGGAGGAGAAGCUGAUCCGGGUGCUGGUGCUGUUGCCGCAGGACGACGCCUACCUCUUCUCGCUGGGGCGGGUGCGCCCGGCCAUCGAGUACGCGGUGCGGAGCCUGCGGGAGAGCGGCGGCGGCUUGCCCCCCGGGUACGCCUUCCAGCUCACCUACGAGGACUCGGCCUGCGGCAACCGCGCCCUCUUCAGCCUGGUAGACAUGGUGGCCCUCCAGCACCGGCGCCCCGACCUGCUGCUGGGCCCCGUCUGCGAAUACGCGGCGGCGCCGGUGGCGCGGCUGGCGGCCCACUGGGACGUGCCCAUGCUGUCGGCGGGGGCGCUGGCCGCCGGCUUCGGCGCCAAGGGCGGCGAGUACUCGCACCUCACCCGCGUCGCCCCCGCCUACGCCAAGAUGGGCGAGAUGCUGCUGGCCCUCUUCCGCCACCACCAGUGGAGCCGGGCCACCCUGCUCUACAGCGACAGCAACCCCGAGCGCAGCUGCUACUUCGCCAUGGAGGGCGUCCAUGUGGUCUUCCAGGAGGAGGCCUUCCACAUGGCCGUGCACAGCUUCGACGAGAACAGCCGACACCUCGACCUCGACGACGUCGUCCGCACCCUCCAGACGGGCGAGAGGGUUGUAAUCAUGUGUGCCAGCGGUGACACAAUCAGGAACAUCAUGUUGGCUGCUCAUCGGCAAGGAAUGACCAAUGGGGACUACGCUUUCUUCAAUAUUGAACUCUUCAACAGCUCAUCAUUUGGAAAUGGUUCUUGGAGAAGAGGAGACAAACACGACCUUGAAGCCAAGAAGGCAUACUCAUACCUCCAAACCGUCACUCUGCUGAGGACCGUGAAGCCUGAGUUUGAGAAGUUUUCACUGGAGGUGAAAAGUUCUGUUCAGAAGCAAGGUCUGCAUGAGGAUGACUAUGUGAACAUGUUUGUGGAAGGAUUCCAUGAUGCUAUUCUUCUUUAUGCUCUAGCUUUACAGGAAGUCCUGAAGUUUGGUUUCAGUAAGAAAGAUGGGGAAAAAAUUGUUCAGCAAACACGGAACAGAACCUAUGAAGGCAUUGCAGGGCAGGUGUCCAUUGAUGCCAAUGGAGACAGAUACGGGGAUUUCUCUGUGAUCGGGAUGACGGACCCAGAGGCAGGCACACAGGAGGUGAUCGGGGACUACUACGGAAAGCAGGGGCGUUUUGAGAUUCGGUCAAAUGUGAAAUAUCCUUGGAAUCACGGCAGGCUGCGACUGGAUGAAAGCCGAGUUUCCGAGCACACAAACAACACACCGUGUAAAUCAUCAGGUGGUCUAGGAGAAUCAGCAGUUACAGGAAUAGUUGUGGGCGCCUUGCUUGGAGCAGGACUGCUUAUGGCUUUUUACUUUUUCAGAAAGAAAUACAGAAUAACUAUUGAGAGACGAACUCGACAGGAGGACUGUAACAUGGGGAAACAUCGGCAGUUACGUGAAGACUCCAUUAGAUCUCAUUUUUCAGCUGCAUAAAGAAGAAGAAGAAAAAGAAUCCCAUUCUUCCUGGGGAAAAAAGAAUUAGGGAAAAGGACACAACCAAAGACAUCAGUGUAAAAAGAGGAGGCUCUUGAAGAACUCACUCUUUUAAGCAGUAAUCUUGUCUUAAUUUCUUUCAGAAGCUCAGGAAUGAUUUAUUAAUCAUGUUAUGCCGCAUGGCCUUUCAUCUCAUGAAAACAGAAAAUGAUGCAAUUUGAUGUUAUUGGAUGUACUUAAUAUGUAAAGACAGUGUCUCUUAAGGCAUAUAUCAAGGGCAGCAGAUCUGGGUUUAGUUGAUGGGGAGUGCCUCAUUCUGUUCCCUUUUUGAAUUUUUUUAGGUUCUACCACCUUCUUCCUUAAUUGCAUCUCACCCAUGGCUAUCAAAUAUGGUUUCACAGGCACAGGUCCUGGUUGCUGUCAAAAGGAAAAAAGGGAUUCAUUUGGGGUAUGAUCCUGCAUCACUGAAUCAUUGCCAUUGAUUAUAGGGGAUACAAGAUUGGGAAUAGGGAGUUUAGUUCUUGGAGGGAACUGGCACUUGGGUGCAGUUAACUACACUGGGGUGUAAUUAACUCAACUGAGAAAGUCAGGCAGGUGGAAACACACACAAACCAUUCUGUCCUUGUUUGUGUAGUAUCACAAUCAAAAGCACUGAUUCUCCCUCUUAGGCACUGUGAGUUAGGUAAAACUCCAGUGAAGGAGGAGGAGUUUCAUUGAUGGGGAAUAGUGAGAGAGAAGACAAUCAGGCCGCCAGAGAUGACUGUCUGAUUCCUCAGUCUUAUAUGUGUUUUGUCAUGCUCUUUUCUCUCCACUGCCAGGACUUCUCAGAGAGGUAGAUAUAGUCCAUGCAGAGCCCGUUCCUGUUCCCAGUGAAGUUGAUGGCAAAAUCCCAUUAACUUCAGUGAGCACGGGACUGCAUCCAAAAUUGUAAAUAUGAAAGUGUUUGUAUAGCUGAAGCAACUCAAAAGGGGAUCUUUUUUGUGUAAAAAUGACAUUCCAUGCUACCAUUUUAUUUUUAGGAUAUUUUUUAUCUUGUAUUUUUCUAUUAAAGUAUCUAUUUUUGCUUUGGUAGGAUUAAAAAUUAAGGGAGAGGAUGUUUUGGAGACAUUUUUUAUGAUAGGUGUAACAUGCAGGGAAAGUCAACAGCUGUAAAUACAUUUUAGAACUGGUAUUUAGGGGAGGAGAAGUGACUUUAUGGAUAGUAAUGGACUUUUUGCCCCACUUUCUUCUCCAGGCAUUUGCAAGAUUCAAAUAGCUAUUUAAGCAAUAUAAAUGCAGUUACUGAAUUGUCUAUGUGAUGGUGGCCCCAGUCCUGAAAAUAAUGAACUUUUCCCAUGUUAAAUAGUCCUGCAUUAGUCAGUGAGACUAACUAUUCAUGUGUGAUCAAUAAAACACACAAGGAACUACCUUCAGGAGUCAGGGUGGAAAAACGCUAACUUUAGGGCUGACUUUAAUCCUGCUGCCACCAGUAUCCCUGGGACUAUUGCCCUUGACUUUACCAGGAGCAAAACUGAAUCUGUGAUGAAUUAGCUACUGACAGGUUAUUUUAUACUAGACAAAGGAGAGCUCUGUGCUUUCUAGUCAACAAAUGGAAAUGAACAGUGCCUAUUAUAAAGGUGGUGAAGAAGACCCAUAGAAGUAUUGUCUGGGAAAACCCAGCUAUGAAUAUGAUUCUAACGUGUGGAGCCUUUUGGUUUACCCUAUUCUCAUUUCAUAACCAGAACUUUGUGGUCUCAGCAGUCAGAGUCAGGCUUGAAGGUUAAUCUCACAACUGGCACUGAAGCCUGUGUUCUACAAAACUUUUAGGUCCUGAGAAGCCAGAGUGUGAAUUCAAGAGAAACUAUCUUGGGGUUGCUUGAAGUGAACAAAGAGUGUUCUCUGGCUCUGUCUUCUUUCAGCUGCCUUUUAUUUGUUGAUGGGGAAAUACCCCAUGGAGUAUUUCCUUGGACUUCUCUUUCGUGUGUUUCACUUGUCUCCUAGCAUAUGCAGGGGUCCACCAUCCUCCUUUGUGAAAUACUGUCUCGUGUCCCAGGCAGCCAGAGGGUAGGGCUUCCUGACUGUCAGGGCAGCUCCAGUAUAGGUGAUGGCUGUAGACUUGGUGUCUUUAGGGCUCCCUGUAACAGCUGUUGUUCAUAUGGUAGAUUUCCAUCAUCCCCUCUCCCAGUCUGGGCCUUUAUGACUUCUGCAAAGGUGCCUCAGCCAAAGUAACGCUGCGGUCAAUGGACAGUUUUCUGAAGUAGCCUCCUUAUCUCAUGGGCACCAGAGAAGAAUGUAGGCUAUAGCAGCAUGCUGCUGUGGAGUUGGGGGUGAAAAAAGACUUCCUGAUCAGUUUUUUGAAUUUUUUUCAAGCAGUUGAGUUUGUCAAGCCCCUGGGCAUGCCUAGGGUUUGAGGGUUUUAAAAUCAUUUCCAAGGGGAUUUUGAUCUACUUGUUUUGCAAAUAACGCCUUUCAGCAUUUUUAUUAUGUUUUAUCCAUUUGACUACUUUGCCUCAGAAAAAGGGAAGGAAAAAUUUUAAAUAUGUAAAGAAAAGAAUGCAUGAUUUGAAGCAUAAACUUUUUUCAAAAUUAUGUUUGUUAUGGUUGCCUUGCAGUGGGAAUUAAUAUUCAGACAGUCACUAGUUAGGGAGCAAGAUGUAGUGUAGAUCUGUGUUUUUCCUGUGCCACACACAGUCAGGUCAGACCAGAAGGUCUGAACCAGGAGAUCUAGCUGGGACAAUAAAUCGUUAAGACAGCUUUUUUAUUAUGUUAUCAUGCUAUAACUAAACAUAUUUAAGAAAAAGUAUAAGGAAAGGUCACUUUUUAAUUAAAAAGAUGGUAAUUCUGUUCCCCAGUUUUAUCUAGGGUUUUUAAUCAUGAGCUCAAGAAGUCUUUUUAUGAGAUGUCUGUUACUGAGAUGCUGAUGGAGGCCCAGGCACAAUUUUACAUCCCAGCCCCAGCACCUCCCAAGAAAGGUGAACCUUUCUUGCCCAUCAGAACAUUUUGCAUCAAUGGGCUUUAAUCUUUCUAAAUUGGUGCACAGUUACCUGUGCAUUUUUCCCAUGGAAGUGUGGAGAUCAUUUAAGACGUUUCACUAAGUAGAUUCCUGUAUAGAAUAAAUAAACCUGCUCUUCUUAGCUGCCUUUCACAGGCCUCUUGCUAAUAGUUCCCAGGUCUUCUGUGGACCACAGAUCAAAAACUGCCAUGAGUUUAGAUUAUUGAGAGAGAGAUUCUUUACCAGCUAAUGCACUUUUCCUUUCUGGUUCAUCUGCAUUAGCUCAAUGCCACAAUGUUUAGGCUUCAAACUUCGUAAGGGAAUGUCUAAUCAAAAUAAUAAUAAUUGAUUCUCAAAAGAGUUUUCAAAACCUACAUUUUUGGCUUCAACGAAUUGCUGGUAUUACAAACAUAUGUCUGUAUUACAGAGCAGCACAAGGAGGGCCUUGACUCAGCUCAGCAGUUUAGAACACACUUAAAAUAUGCUCAACUUCAGCUUCUAAGUGCUUUGCUCUCUUGGGACCAAAGGGUAUGAUCCUGGCUAUGGCUGAACCAAAAGGAAGCUUGCCAUAUGGUUGAAUCGGAGAAAGGAUGGACCCAUAGGCCAUAUAUUUAUUGCUAAAUAUUACAGUUGUGUCUGUUAAUUUGAAAUUGAACUUCAAUGGCUUCAUACUUUGUGAAAAUCUGAUAAAUUCUCCUAAAUUAGUAUUGUUUAAAUUACCAGAUAUUGGACAGUUUAAUGGCUGAUUCACCUGCCUUCAAUCCUCUUAUCUUCAACACAUAGACUUCCACUGCAAGUUUGCAAAGAUGAAGCAAAACUUUCAAUAGUAAUUGUGAAUUUAGUAUGCUGAGGCCCACAACUUUAGAGUCAGGUGCUAAGAUGCUUUGUCCUAGGCCAUUGGUAGUUCUGGAAGUUUUGUUUAUGGAUAGUCUGUGUGUCCUGAGUUGUACCACCAUCACCAGUUAAUUACCAGUUCCUUCUGUGAUGUGUUUCACUGAAGACCAAACCCAGAUAAGCUCUGAGAGCCUUCAGUCAUUGCUAAAAUUUUUGAUGGAGAGUGCUGUGCACCUUGCAAGAUUGUGGCCAGAAUUCAGUUCAUGAAAGAGUUAUAUUCAUUCACUUCUGAGAAUAAAUUUUAUUGAUCUAUUUUCAAUUUGUUUUUAAGAAAUGCUUUAUUGCAUUACUGAAAGUAUUUUGCUGGUUUUUAUGGUGAAUUAGUAAGGUGUAGCUAAUGCUUUGAGAACAUUUGUGCUGGACAAAAUAAGAGUAUGCUCCCGGAUAGCAUGUUUUACUGGAAGGUUGAGCUCUGAUGCAUUUUUUUGCUUGGAGAUGCUGUCACACUCUCAUUAAGUUGACAAAAAAACCCUCUCGUUGAUUAAGAGGAAGUGAACUCAGGCCCUUGGUGAAGCAUCUUCAGGCUUUAAACUCAGCAUCUUGAAGCAGUUCAGAGUGAAUUUCUCAAUGUUGCAGUAGAACAGGCUGCAUCAGCCUUAGCUGACCUUGGCUACAGCGUGAUUUUCACCUCAUGAAUGCCAUAAUGCUCCUGGAAAGCCAAGAAUAGACAUCAAAGACAGGAAGCUAAUAGUCCUGGUCAUAAAUUUCUUUGGCAAUUCAGUCCACCUUUUCCGGAGCUCAAGACAGUUCCACAUCCUUCACUACCCUCCUCUGUGUUUCACAGUAGCCAUGUAGCUGGUCUGUUUCUUUAAAUAAAGCAGUUGAGGUUAUUUUUUCUCAUAUUCUCCCAGAGUAGAGUGAAUGCUCGUCAAUUCCCUGUUUUUUUCAUGCUCUUUUCUCUAGCUUCUGAAGUACUUUGAAAAGAGACAGCCAUUUUCCAUUAUUUAGUCAGAAAUGCUCCAGUGAGAGGUGGCUUUUACAAAAUUUCAGCUGUUGUUCAUUGCUGCUGUGCUGCUCAGCUGCCAGCACACCUUGCUUUGGCCCACGGCCACACCAGCCAAUAUCUCAGAUCUAGACCCAGAAUCUUCUGAUGUUGCCUGUGUUCUAACCAAGUGGAGUUGAAAAAUAGGAUUGAACAAAUACUUUCUGAAGUUUAAUCUGAAUUUUGCAGCUGGCAUCCUGUCCUUUUAAAAACACCCAAGGCUGGCACCGUAAAUUGUGGUUUUAGAAGCUGUCCCAUUCAAGCUAAAAUGAUUACCGGGUGCUACUGGGCUCACAGAAAAUGCAGUUGUCCAAGCAUGGUGACAUGAUGUCAGGUGGUGCCAGCCAGUUGUUUUUUUUUUGGUUUUUUUUCACUUUUUACUUUAAUUGUUGUUGCUAUAAAAUGACAUCAGAUCUAGUGACCACACUCCCCAAAGCAGGGCAGGACAGAAAAUCAAGUCUCUUAUGGUACAUUACCUUUUCUGUUUGUUAGGAACAUGCCCUAGUAACUUUUCUCACAACAGUGAGCAAUGAAGGCACAAAUUUCAGCAAAGUGCAUGUUCUGUUGGAGGCAGUUUUCACCCUUUUUAGAAACAAGGAAAUACAGAAGUUACAUUUUGGAGUAUAUUUUUAAGGACAUGCUGGAAAAAGUUUCAUCUUAGAUGUCUGGUGUGUGCCCCCCUGCCCUUCCCCACCCCUGCCUCUUUCUUGCUGUUGAAAGAACAAAAAGAUUUGUGUGUGUGUGAAACCUUUAAAGUGGAAGAAUAGAAGUGUUUGCGCUGUGCAUAUCCCUGCUUAGAGACAGAAAUGAAUUCAGAUGGCUUGAGGCCUGUAUUUUUUCCGUUCUCAGAUACCUUUUAACAUCCGAGCUCUAAGACUGAUGGAAGAUUAUUUUUGACAGUAAAACAAAUAGCUGUUUGUGAGAGACCUCAGACCUGGCUGUCCUCAGGGGUCAGCAAGCUGUGCAGCAGACUUUGAUAGUGUCUUUUCUCUUCUAGAGCAUGACGGGGAGCCAAAGCACUGUGGUUUGCCCCAGUGAAGCCUUAAGUCUGGCACAAAUGCAGCUCUCCAUUUAUCUCACCCCUAGAGGACGAAAGGAUAAAGGUUAAUGUUCGUGUUUUCAUGAGGUUACUGCUGGUUUUGAUCAAGAAGGUAACACUGCCACGGCUUUGAGGCCUUCUUCUAGUGUUUAAUUAUGUCCAGUGUAUAAUUACAUAGACUGUUCUAUUAUGCUAUUACUUCUUCCAGAAUUUACCUUUCAGAAUGCCUCCUAACUGACAUACGUCAAAUUUACAGCAUACAAAACUAGCUUUCAAAAGGAGAGGCUUCACUAACCACUAAGUUAAUAUUCUGCAUCAAAGGCAAAAUAUUCUAAAUAUUAGAACACUGUUAAAGUUUGUAUGUUAAGCUAUAGUACUUCAGAAAUCUUACAGGGAUUCAUUAGGUGUUAAAUCUUUGAAAGGUUAAAAUCCACUCUGUGUGAACUGUUGCUUGGUGUUUCUGUCAUGUGAAUGUUUCUAGAGGACACUUGAGCAAGCAAAGAAAGUGUACCAAAAAGGGUAUUUAAAAAGAUAAUCUUGUUUUAAUGGUUUCUUUUGUAAUUUCAACUGGUAUGCACAGGGAACACACAGUUCUUCCCCUCCCCCCAAAAAAACUAUGAAGAGAGGUUCUGCUAAUGUUAUACUAAACCAUCAGCAGACAUAAUGAGCACAGCUAUGUUGGCUCGUACUGGGUGAUGAUCUGGACUUCUCUGUGCACUGUGUGUGCAGAGUGGCGGAGGAACAGGCCGCCUCUGAAAAGCCAACACCACAGUUACCAGCCAGUGGUCAUUUGUCUUGGUGCCAUGUGAGAUGAUAAAUGUGUCCUCUCACAUUAAGUGUCUCCCUGAUGUAGCUUUGUGGCAGAUGUUGUGAUGACUUCUGCAGUAUGGGAUGCGAGGGAUGAAAAGAUCUGUUGAGAAUGUAGGGAAAAUAUCUGUGCAGUGGAGAUAGGGAGAGAGAAGAGGGAAGAUGCUCAGGGAUUGAUUAUGCUCCCAGGAUGAUACUGUUGACUGUACAGAGGAUGGGAAACAGCUCCUUCUGCAGAGCACACGGUCUUUAUUGUUCAACGUCUGCUUUCUCAGUGACUCAGCAGAAAGUUUAUUCACCUUUUAAAUCCCACAUAGACCCCUAACCAAAAAUUGAAAGGGGAUGUAAGUGGUGCAUGGGACCUGCUCAGGGUGUACUGUGCCCUUAGGCUGGGUAUUUACCUACCAGCAAUGACUGUGCAGGUCUUAGAAGUCCUGAGAAGACUUGGGUAGAAAUGCAGGAUGAAAGCAGUGGGUAGAAUUCGGUGUGUUUCUUGUGCAUAGGGUGUAAUUAUCACAAAACUAAGAGGACUCAGGAUAGACAGUGUGGACGUUAAAUUUGUCCCAUUUUUUCGGUGAUACUGUUCAUUAUUAAUGUAAAAAUACGGGACAACAGAGAAAUCUAGUACCAGUCUAGUAGAAAACAAAUGGAAAUCUGCACAGUAUGUUGUACUGAUGUAAGUAAAACUAUCUGCAUAUAAUGUGAUUUUAUUUAUUGUUGUUUUUGUGUAGAGGAGAGUGCAUAUUCAUGACUGUGGAUAUAACCUUUGUUUAUUUGUGUAAUGUAUUUUAUUUCUUUUAUGACUUGAUCAUUUAAAAUAUCUGCAUUCAUUGGUGUCCUUUGACUUUUUAUUCUGUGCAUUUUCUUUCACACAUUUUAAAAAUGCAAGAAUAUCACAUAACCUAAAUUGUAACAAAAUGUUUCCAUUAAAGGUGUAGGAAUAUGUUA